AUGCCGCACUGCCGACGUGCCCUUGUUUUGCUCCUUCUCCUUACUGUUAUCAUCAAUUUCGGAACUCAUGCCCUCAAAUGUCGGCUGUACCAUCGGAUCUGGGAAGACGGUCAUUUGCUGAGGAUCAAUCCGGACAUCUGUCACACUUCCUCCAAGUACUGUGUCCGAGCGACUUACGCGGAUCCGGAUGACAGGAAGAAGAACGGAUACUCAAUGGGAUGCGACAAAGUCGACUGUCAAGGAAUCGACAAUCCGAACUACACUGGAUGGCAGCAGAAGGAGAACGGCGAGUACUGCAGGAAGAGCCGCGAUUACGGUAAGAAGGGCGAGAUUUGCUGCUGUGCUCAUGACAUGUGCAACUCUUCCGAUCGUCUGUCCCUGCCUAAUCUCAUCGUCUUAUUUGGUUUAUCUGCCAUGUAUUUGAUGUGGAACUAAACUUUCAACAGCUCCUGUUUCUUAUUCUCCUGUAUUCCGCCUAACUUUCCGAUUGGUGCUUUCUCUUCCGAGUUUUUACUUUAAAUACAGCCCUAACCCUUGGUAGCAUUCCAAUAUAUACCUUUUGUUCUUCUAAACGGGUGUACACCUUCGAUUAGAACUUCAAUAAAUUGUUCAACAAGAUCUUGACACAAAAUAGUUCUUUUGAUAUCGGUAGAUCAAACCUGACAUCUAUACUUCAAUAUACAAUUAUCAACAUGGAUAGCUCAAAUUCCAGGAAAACUGACACGUCAGAAAACUGAUGCGGUAAGGUAAGGUAAGCUGUUAAAAAAGAAGAGAAAAGUAAUUCUGUGUGGUGAACUUGUUUUAUUAGACAUGCAAAGAAAUGCUUUGUACUCAAAUGACUCAUAUGAUUUUUAGUACCAACGCAUUCAUUUCCGACAAAUUCCGAGUGGUUCAGAACCAACAGCAUUGAGCAGUCCCCCAAAGAAUAUCGUUUUCUCGUUGGUAUUAUGAUGUUCCUAGAGGUUCAAGUAGCUAUUAGUCGCAUAAUAGUCACACCGAUUAUACAGUAUGUCGGACUUGUAAUUACGAGUCCAGUUUUGCGUUCGUUCGUAUAAUUGCUCCGGAAAAAGGAUGAGCUUGGACAGAUGAAAUGACAAAUUGCGAGUUAUUUGAUGAUUUCCAGUGGAUGAUUCUCCCAAAAAGGAACCGUGCGUGACAAGAAAACUUGAAAUUCAUGUUGGAAUUCGCGAAUUCUUCUUGGAAAUGUAUGCCUCCCCAUUUGGGCCCAUUUUUCUUUUCCCUCCUGCGAAAGUCAUGGGAUGAGCCCGAUCUUUUGUCAAGUGACAAAUAGUCCAUUGCCAGACUGAAAUGGGUGACAACCGAUUCCGUCAUGAAUUCUUGAGCACUCAAAAUUCGUCACAUUGACCGACCGGGUCACCGUCUGUAGAAUUCGAUGAAAACGACGUCAUUUCGAUUGGCGAACGUCAUCUUAGAACAUGAAUAGGGCCAUGAAACUAACGAUGAAUGGAAUCGGAUGUAGAAACGAUGCGAUAAUGAGGCACUGACGCGCGGCGAGAAAAUGACCCGAAACUAACUUUUUGCCGGGGAAAAACUUUCCGGCUUUCCGAAGUCGUUUUUUGAUGGGAAAUCAAAGAAACGGACUGAGGAGGAACACUAGAUGUAAUAAAUAGAUUGCAGUACGGAGAAGAAGAAGAAGAGGAAGAAUCUUUGACGAGCGGGCCCGAGUGGAGUGGCGAAUGCAAAUAUUAUUAUUAAUGCCAUCUGUUAAUCCAGGUCAUCAGAAUGAAGGCAAUCACGCAUUAAGGCCCGGUCCAAUUAUUGGCCUUCUGCCAUCGAAUUCCCUUAUUUUCGUUUGCGUCCUUGAGAAACGAGCAAUUUUAUUUUUUUCAAGCUCUAGAAAUGUCUUUGUGAAAUACUCAGUUGCAUUUGCAUUUCUGAGACUAGCAAUUUGCGAAUGUUUUCAUGUUGUGAAAAGUUUGCAAGAGAAUUCUAGAACGUCAAGUUGAUUUUGUUUUUCUGAAAAGUUGAAAUGUCUGAAAUUGUUUGCGAUUUUGAGUCUAAUGUCUUCGCAAAUAAAAAUUGCCUUUAUUGACCGACUUUCGAAAGAGGCGCACAUUUCUCGGUGUGACGUGUCGAGUUGAUAGAGCACGUAGUCUCGCAGUGGAAAAAACAUAGAUAACGUCAGUUACACUAGUGCUCCUUUAUCACCGAGCAUCAGUUUACAGCUGAUGGUCAUGCGAUAGGACGGACCACUCGAUGUCAAUUUCAGUUAUUGACGCCAUGUUAUUUUGAAAGUUUUGUUUUUUGCUCUAAGUUUGCACUGCAGUCACUGAACAAAUAGAAUUUCCAACUUUUUUCCAUAUGAAGAAACAUUUUAGUGUGAGAGAAGCGACCGAAAAGUGAAAAUGCUGGCUUACCGCAACCAGGGUCCAAGAUUAAUUUCUCAAAACGGGUUUCUUGGUCGAAAUCUUGUUGGCCACCCACUCUUCCACUUUCGGCCAACAAUCCUCUUUCCGAUGUAUUCCCUCGUGACCGCGUGAAAAUCAAUAGGCUACCCGACGAGAAUAAAUGUUUGAGCGAACUAUUGUUGUUCCGACAGGCAUAAUUACUCGACCAGCGGUCUUUAUUUCCAAGCAUUUCCACGUUCUCGAAUAAGGAGCGGAUGCUGCUUUUCACAACCGCGCAAAAAUCGAUUCUUCUCUCUCUCUUGCUUCUCUUGCCUUGAGAUGUAUUACUGCGGACGAGAGAGAGAGAACAGCACACCCCCGGCGGGCCUUUACAUUUGUCCCACAUACCCAGAAGAAUACAGCAUUGCAGAAUCCUCAGGAAUCACACUCCGAUCCGAUCCGUCUCACUAUGAAUUUGAAACAACCGUCAGUAUAAUUGUGGACUGCUUAUUAUAAAGACCAGGUUGGGUUUCUUUCUCAUACUAGCAAUUAGCCAACUCGAGCGAAAGAUUUUUGGAGGUGGCUCAUUUGAUCAUGUUACAGACACAAUCCUGGAAGGCUACAACAGACAUUUUGCCAAAGCGACAAGGCACAACAAAUCAGUCGUACCGAGGAUUUGUGAGUUGUUUCGCAAUUUUCAAAUAAAAAUGAGCUGCGAGAGGUGUGCGCAAAUGAGCAUCAUCAAAACACGGUGGAUUAGCGUAUUUCCCCCGGGAAAAACCAGAAACAAAAACUCGAAAAGUUUCAAAAUCCGACCAAAUGUUUUAGGAGAUAUGUUAUACUAGACCGACUACUGAAAUGUGUUUUGAGAGCAUUUUUACCCAGUUUUUAGCAUUCUCGAACAGAAACAGGCAAUCUCAUGAAAAACAAAAAAGUUAGCUUGCUAUUCUUUUACCUAAGUAUUUAGAUUUUGAGAAACUUUCCCACUGGGAGAAGUAAUUCAAUUUGAUAUGCUUCAACACUUGACGUACGCUUUCAUAAUUGCUACAUGCUUCAUAGAACUCAAAAGCCGAUUUUCUUUCGUGCUCUCUAAACCCUUUUCAAUUAAUUCAGCUAUUCAUCCCUCUCAAGUAUAUUCCCUCCCUGGAGAUUUAUAUCGCGUCAUUGAGAAGUAGUCCUGACCCCCGUCUACUUGCCAAAUCCAAUGAUUUCCGAAUGCGUCCUUGGUUUUUUUCAAGAGCUGAACAUCAAAUUUCCGCCCCAUCAACUUUUCCACAGUUCCCAUACCUACAUGACCUUGUCGUUUUGGAAUUUCAAAGACAAACAGAAGGCUGUUUUUGGGUAUUUUUAUGGUUGUGGUCUUUGCCAAUUUUUUGGCGUUACCUUUAGCUUCUCCAUAAAAAACGGUUCUCUUUUCGUUAGAACGGUCUUCGCAGACUGCGGUUGUAACAUCAAGGUUUAUGAGAAAUUUGCGCGUGUGAUUGAUGACCACCUAUAAAAACCGUACCAUUCGAGAAACAGAGAUUGGAAACGUUGGGCCGCGAGACGGAGGCAAACAACGGGGGUCUCUACCGUAUUUGGAUUGCAUGUAGCUAAGCACAUACGGUGAUACACUUGAUGAAGGAAGAAGGCCGGUUCGUUUGACCAGCUGAAGUGUCACGUUCGAAAACUCGAGAUUAGCAAAGUGAAUGUCUCUUAAGACUGAAAAAAAAUUUGGUUCAGGUUUUUUGAAACUUUUUGAGGCCUGGAUUUGUGAUCCACUUGAAAUAAUCCAAUUGGACCUGAGAUAUACUGGUUUGAGGCCGAAAAGGCCGGGUUUAAUUGUGGCCUUUUCGACUUUUGAUCCACAUAUCUCCGGACCAGAUGAUCCGAUCGGUUUGAAACUUGGACCCGAUAUACUUCAAUCUGAAUCCAAGAAGGGUGCAGAGUUUGGGACCGAUCGGAUUAUUGCAGGUGGUUCAAAAGUUCAGGCUUGGGCUGGCCUUCAAAAAGCAUGUGCCGGCCUUUUGCCCAGCCCUGACCCCUCCGGAAAUCGUUUCCGGAGGCUUGGAAUUUGUUUGAAUCCGUUAAUUGUCAGUUGUGCCGUUGUAAACGGAGGACCAUUAACCGCAGACACAAAGAUCUAUUACACUGCUGAACUACUGCCUAUCCGUUUACAUUCACGGGCCGUUCUCACAUAAACAAUGUGCUUCCACUUUGAACUAAACCAUAUUAAUUCUUGGAUGGAGUGGGGGCAAAACAUCAAAGCACAAACAGAAGAAGUACUUUUGUCUGUACAUCUCGUAAAUUUUUAGAAAAAAAAAGAAGUCCACACCUGCUAAGUUAGUAACAGGCCUAGGUAUCUUCCAUGAACUAUUCAAACCACUUGUAUAAUCUGAGUAUCCGUAUGCUUUCAUUCUUCCGAAACCCAUUUUACGGACUCUAAUGGUAGGCCAACAAUGCACAUUCAUUUCCUUAGUCACCUCUUUGUCUCUUCUCCGAAUGCAUUACUUUUCCAUCGCUCACUUUCCAUUCCACGACAAUAUUGCGGGGGAUAGCCACUAUUUCCGAACUUGUUCUAUUGAACUCUCUGAUUUUUUUUUGCAAUAAGAGGGAAUGGAGAGAGAGAGAGAGAGAGAGAGAGAAAGAGGGAACAGACCGAUAGAAUCCUAGUGUUCCGAUAUUCUCCGCCCACCGUGGCCGUCUUCCGCCCGCAGCCGAUGCUCCCUUCAUUCAGUACCUCGUCUUCCGCCCUGAGCGGUCAGUAACUACCUUACUGAUAUUCCAAAAUUAUUCUUUUAGCGACCGGUUUUCCCCGUGGUCUGCAGAGCUAUGUACGGCUUCUGAGAUCAUCGUGAAAGCCAGUUGCUAACAAGAAUUGGAUUAAAUAUUGAAAUAAGUAGGUUAAAACAAAAAGUUGUUUUCCAGGCCUCAACUCGAUGAAUGAUCAGCGACAUGAGCAACAGAGACUCCGAACAGACACAAUGUAUUCGCAUAUUGAGGCAUUUCACAACAACUUACAAUCCUUUGCGGAUUUGUGGGGCACUAAUUUGGAUAAUUUGGAAGACUCCUUAACAACAAUGCGAGACGAACUAUUUGUAAACACUCCGGGCACAGAAGUUACAAUAACGGGUCAAAUAAUAUUAGAAAAUGCAGCAACACGGACUGCAAAAUUGUUAAAAGAAUCUGUAAGCGCUCAUAAAUCUGUACAUACACACAUCACGAGAUGCGGAAAAGUUAUCGACAAGUUGUAUGAGAAAAACUGCCGCACAAUAUUCAAAGUGGAGAUGGCGAUUGCAAAACACUCAACGCUGAGAGACCGCUGCAAUACGCUGAUUCACGAGUUCCUUGCUGCCGACGGCGCCAGCGACGCGAACGAAAUUUUGGGCGAGGUAAGCAUCCCUCGGGUAGGAACAGCUCUGUGCUGUGUGAUAGGGAAUCAGUCGUGUCGCAAACUCUUUGUUCUUCAAAGAAUACGAAAAUCGUCUUUGUAUGACUGACACAAUACGCUAGCCGAUUGCUUUGAACAAACAGAUCACCAAAAUUCAAUUUCGGCCACUCACAGAAACCAAUAUGUCCCGCGGGUUCUAAAACUAAUUAGUUGUGUCCUUUGUACCAGUCGGAACUCUUCUAUGUCUAUGACACAUUUCUAUUAACAUUGUCCGAGUGUGCUCACCGGUACUCGACAGUAAUUGGAGAAUACCCGUCGGCUUAUGCUCGGUCAUGUCAUGCCCGCACAAACAAGCGUGAUGUUCCGAGCGACACACUUCUUUGGGAAAGUGUCAUAGACAAAAACAAAGUUCCCGAUUGAAUAGUGACUAAGAAUAAUGUUUCAGUGUUUUAUCUCUUCCACUGAUUUGCUAGCAAACUAGACUAUCAGAGAAUGAAUGGAUGGCCAGUGUUUGACCAUGCGAGUCAACAAAAGAAUACUCUCCGGUUUCAAUCUUUCUCCCACUUCGAAACUCACAGAGUUCAAAAAUCGCUUCGGGAGGAUCGUGUGAUUGGAAAUGAGAGUCUGAAAAACCAGUUCUAGAUAAUUGUUGCGCCUCAUUUCACUCAUUUUGUAUGGUAAAGACAACAACAGACAAAAACGUUUCCUUUUCGAAAUGUGUGAACCUUAAUGACCAGAGAGAGAGAGGGAGAAAGAAAUAAAUAAAUAUAAGAACAAAACUGUAUCCGGUUAUUCUGAAAUUAUUUUUUUAGACCCUUGAACGAAAUAAAAUCCGAAAGUGUCCUUAUGAAUGCCCGGGAUUGUUAAAACAAAUAAUCGAUGAUAUACGAGCUGGAGAAAUUGAAUCAACUUUGGACUACGUGGAAAUCACGCACCCUCUAGAUGAAACCGAGCUCAGAAUCAAUGCGAGAAUUCAGAUGGUCACCGAUAAUAUCGAACUAGGUGAGUAACUAUUCCAAAACACUCACCAUUUCGUAGUUGAAUUUGACAUUAUUGAAUUUCGGCGGAGAAAAGUAAUAAGACUGCGUGUCAGAACACAUGUGGUCUCUCUUGGCCGAUUGUAGUUUUCUGUCCAACAGACUAGGCAAAUUUAAAUUUUAGAUUACCAAUUCCUUUUCUGUCUGACAAGUACUUUUUGUUAGCCAAAAUGCAAGUCCAGUCGGAUCAAUUCUAAAUUUAGCUCAAAAUUGUUUUGUAUUGUUUUUUGUACUAACACAGGUAUUUAAUAACGUCAAAUGUCGUAUUUUCCUUCUGCUCUUGUUCCGAAACAAGACAAAGGGAGAAGGUGCGCUGGCCGAUCUGUUCGCUAUACAAUCGUACAGUGUUAUUUUUCUUGUUUCACUUUUUUUCUGAAUCGAUCGAUAGGCAGCGCCCCUUUGUCCUCUCGCUCCGCAAAACGUAACAAUAACAAAAAUGCUUUGAAAGUUUAGGAAGAAGUGGGCAGGUGACAAAUAUAUUGUUUUCAGAGAAAAGGCAGGUGAAAUUCUAAAUUAUUUUAGAGCAGUAUGGGACCGCGGUGCGUCAGUUGAGAAAAUUCAAAUCGCCCUGUGUCGAUGAGCCGGAAAAGACAAAAUUGCUGAUCGGCGCCCUUCUUGUCGGUAGGCUCUCUAUGUACGAUCAUCGAUACAAGGAUCUAUUCGACUACACCACAAAGGAGAAUAUAGCAACCACGGUACAAACUCUAUUCAUCCCUCCGUCGCCUCUCAAACCAUUGUUAGUUUACUGGACAGGCCGAUUUCACACUGAGCUUAAAUUUUUGCAGAAUGAGGGUCGGCCUCCAAGGUUUGUAUAAUUUCGCUCGAUCAGAAGCAUUUCUCAAAUCUUCAUGCUAUACGGAGAGGGAGUUGCCUCUUGAAGUGUCAUACGAUUCGAGUCACUCUUCAUUCACAUGUCCCAUUCUGAAAGAGCAGUGCAGCCUCGAAAACCCUCCGAUGCGACUCGUCUGUGGUCAUGUCAUUUGUAAAGAAGCCAUCACCCGACUAACAACCAGCUUACGACAAAUGCGGAGUAGCAGUCGGUACGUGAUUCAGUAUUUUAUGUGAAAAAAACUCGCGAGCUGACAAUUAGCUUUCACGAUGAUCUCAGAAGACAUUCAGAAAGCUCUCAGAUCAGGGUGAAAACCGAUUGCAAGUCCACGUAGUGAGGGGGAAGAAUAGAAUAGCAGCCGAGGUGAAAGAAUGGGGGGAAGGGAGGGUGCUGCUGGGAGACGAGGAGCGACGACUGACUGCUUUCCACCGGCCUCGCAAGGUCUCUCCGUUUUCGCCCGAGGGGGCGGAGCCGGCGUCCGUGCCCCUCCCCUUUCGUCCCUCUCUCCCUUCUCGUCGAUUGCGUAUUCGUACGAUCGAUCAAUCAGAUUUGAAGCACACAUACACACAACACACCCUCACCGGAAGACACACAGAGAGAAAGAACGGCGCUCACACUCAACACCCCCCACUCUGACUCACUGAACCAAGGGCUUUCUAGGAACUGAACGAAAAUACGGUUGAACAGGGAAUCUUUGAACGGGGCGAACUUUGUUCGGAACACAUUGUGACCUUUUUUCAGGCAUGCAAGAUUCAAGUGCCCUUAUUGCCCAAGAGAACAAUACAUGGAUUCGGCCAAGAAAGUGGACUUUACAACGUGGCACGAGGAUGACGAUGAUGAUUAUGAGAUGGAUACUGUAAAUUAAUUUCUCAUUCAUUGCUUCAGUAACUCUGUUAACACUUGUAGUUUGUAGUGAACUCACUCUGUGACCUACCUCAAAAAACCCCUUUUGUGAUUAGUCUUUGCAUGCCUUUGUCUUCAUGUAUAUCAUUUUAAUGCCUUUCACAGAUAAUCUAUAUGUAAAUACCUCUUUGCAGCUACUAAUCUCAUUUGGCUCACUUUGA